AUGGUUCGGAUUCUCACUUCCGCCGCCGCUCUGUUGGCCUUCUUCGGAGCCGUUACUGGCGCGCCGGCUGUAGAGGAGCCUCAGGGGAACGUGACCUUCACCUACCGUACUCUGGAGGAAGCCCAGGCCUUGGCCGCAAAGUUGAAGCGCAGCGAGCCCGCUGAGGCGGCUGGUCUCGAGAGCCGACAAAUCCCGGCCUUCGGCGCAUAUUGGGCCGACUGGGAUUUCCAAGGCGCCAGCUACUAUCACCGUGCCAACAUUGAUGGCAAGGGUUACUACAUUGGCAACGACUGGAAUGACCGGAUUUCCAGCAUCAAGAACUUCGACUAUGAUAAGAAGUGCAUCUACUGGACCGACUGGUCUGGCAGCGCAUGCUACGGCAGCGGAAUCAUCCUUGCGGGCCGGACUGAAUACGCGCGUCUGUACAGCCCUUACAAUGAUGCCAUUAGCUGCCGAGAGUGUAGUUGGAACUAG